GUUCAGCAAAAGUGAGACAUACUGUACGCUUCUGCAAUGCCAGAGAAGCAAGACACACCAUUGGCGACAUUACAGCCGCAGACACGAUGCCUGCAAUGUGGGGACAUUCUGGAGUGGUCAGAAGAGCACAGCGUCCUCCUUGGCUGUUCCUGCUCGACAGUCGAUGAGACCCUUGAGAAUGUCGCCAGAGGCCUGGCCAGCAAGAUGAAAAAGAAGAGUCAUUGGGCUGCCGGAAGAGUGGGUGACAUUGACUUUUGUGGCUCUACCAAGAUGAGAGGAAAGUUUGUGAGAGUGCGCAGCAACACGGACCCAGUGCUGAUCUACCAGAUGCUGACGGAAGAGUGGAGCCUUUCUCCCCCACACCUUGUAGUGGCUCUGGUGGGAGGAGAUGAACUGGCUCAGAUGAAGCCGUGGCUGCAUGACACUCUGAGAAAAGGACUGGUGAAGGCUGCACAGAGCACAGGGGCUUGGAUUCUGACCAAUGGUCUUCGCUUCGGCAUCACCAAACACUUGGGUCAGGCAGUGAGAGAUCAUUCCUUGGCCAGCACGUCCUCCAAAGUUCGUGUAGUGGCCAUCGGCAUCGCGCCCUGGAACAUGAUCCACGGCCGAGAGGCGCUACUCACCGCCAAGGUGGAUGAGCCUGCAGUAUACAAAUCGCAGGACUUGCCUCAUGGUUCAGUGUAUUCUCUGGACAGCCACCACUCACACUUUGUGCUUGUGGAGGAGGAUCCCAACAGACCAGGGGCGACCAGUGAGAUGAGGGUGAAGCUGCUCAGACACAUCUCCCUGCAGCGCACAGCUUAUGGAGGCACAGGAAGUUUUGAGAUCCCGGUUCUGUGUUUCUUGGUCCACGGGGAACCCAAAAUCCUGCAGAGAAUGUAUAAGGGCAUUGGAAAUUCGACACCGUGGCUGAUCCUGGCAGGCUCUGGAGGCGUGGCUGACAUCCUUGUCACAUUGAUGAAUAGUGGCUGCUGGGACACAGACAGUGUUCAUGAGCUCCUGCUGGACACCUUUCCAAAUGCCCACCACGGUGCAGACAUCAGUAACUGGGUCAAGCUGAUCCAGAGGAUACUUGAUCAUGGGCAUCUCCUCACAGUCCACGACCCCGGACAGGAGAGCUCAGACCUGGAUACAGUCAUCCUCAAAGCUCUUGUCAAGGCCUGUAAAAGCCAAAGUCAGGAAGCUCAAGACUUCCUGGAUGAACUGAAGCUGGCGGUGGCCUGGAACAGAGUGGACAUUGCCAAGAGUGACAUCUUUAACGGCGAUGUGGAGUGGAAGGCCUGCGACCUUGAAGAAGUGAUGAUGGAUGCUCUUAUCAAUGACAAACCAGACUUUGUGCGCCUGUUUGUGGAUAACGGAGUGAACCUGGGUGAAUUCCUCACAUACGGGCGUCUCCAGGAGCUUUACUGGUCUGUGUCAGAGAAGAGUCUUUUUCACAAUCUGCUUCUCAAAAAGUACGAGGAGAAGCAGCUCCUGCUGGGAGCAGCCCGGGCGCCGGGCCCACCUGGACAUCACGCCUCUGAGCAAGCGAAGCCCCGCUUCACACUCUUCGAGGUGGCCAAAGUGCUGAAAGACUUUCUCCAUGACUCCUGUAAGGGGUUUUACCAAAAGAUUCCCACUGAAAAGCCUGCAAAAGGGCGACUAUUCCACAGCCAAAAGAACCUCCCGGAGUUGGAGGGGCGCUGUGAACAUCCUUGGCGGGAUCUUUUCCUCUGGGCUGUCCUUCAGAACCGACAGCAGAUGGCUAACUACUUCUGGACGAUGGGCCCCGAGGCAGUCGCGGCUGCUCUGGCAGGUUGUAAGAUUCUGAAAGAGAUGGCACGCCUGGAAUCGGAGGCUGAGUCUGCACGCAGCAUGAAAGAGGCCAAGUAUGAGCAGUUUGCCCUCGAUCUGUUCGGAGAGUGUUACUCCAACAACGAAGACAGAGCCUAUGCGUUGCUGGUGAGGAGAACCAACUGCUGGAGCAAAACUACAGUCCUCAAUUUGGCAACUGAAGCCGAUGCCAAAUCUUUCUUUGCACAUGAUGGAGUUCAGGCUCUCCUCACCAAAAUCUGGUGGGGUGCCAUGACAACAGACACAGCCAUCUCCAAACUCGUGGUUUCUUUCUUCUGUCCAGCACUCAUCUGGACCAACCUCAUCAAGUUCAGUGAGGAGGAGCUGGACAAUCGUAAUGGCAACCAGCAGUUUGUGGAGCUGGACAGUCUGGACACAGAAAAGGCCCUACUGCUAACGGAUGAUGAUGAUGACCCAUUGGACUCUUCACCUGGAGGAGCAGCCACUCAGAGCUGCGCCUCCGUGUGGUGGCGCUUCUUUCUGCGCCGCUGGCGUCGCUUCUGGAGUGCUCCCGUCACCGUUUUCCUCGGCAAUGUCAUCAUGUACUUUGCCUUCCUCUGCCUCUUCACCUACGUGCUCCUUCUAGACUUCCGCCCCCCGCCUCCCUCUGGGCCCGGAGCUCCAGAGAUAAUGCUCUACUUCUGGGUCUUCACCUUGGUGCUGGAGGAACUUCGGCAGAGCUUCUUCACAGAUGAAGAGAUAAGCAUCUUAAAGAAGUUUAAACUGUACUUGGAGGACAACUGGAACAAGUGCGACAUGGUGGCCAUCUUGCUCUUUGUUGUCGGGGUAUCUUGCAGGAUGGCAAGUGGUACUUAUGAGGCGGGACGGACGGUCCUGGCCAUAGAUUUCAUGGUAUUUACUCUGCGUCUGAUACACAUCUUUGCCAUUCAUAAACAACUGGGGCCCAAGAUCAUCAUCGUGGAGAGAAUGAUGAAGGACGUUUUCUUCUUCCUCUUUUUCCUGAGUGUGUGGAUGAUUGCGUAUGGAGUUGCCACCCAGGCUCUUCUUCACCCCAAUGACCCCAGAAUUGACUGGGUGUUUCGCAGGGCGUUGUAUCGCCCCUAUCUGCACAUUUUUGGGCAGAUCCCCUUGGAGGAAAUCGAUGCUGCGUGGAUGCCGAAGAUGAACUGCACAAAUGACAGAGAUGAAAUCAUCCUGGGCCUGCUGCCGCCGUGUCCCAACGUUUACGCCAACUGGCUGGUCAUCCUGUUGCUGGUCAUCUUCCUCCUCGUCACCAACGUCCUUCUGCUCAACCUCCUCAUUGCCAUGUUCAGCUACACCUUCCAGGUCGUGCAGGGUAACACUGACAUCUUCUGGAAGUUCCAGAGAUAUAACUUGAUCGUGGAAUACCACAGCCGGCCGGCUCUGGCCCCACCUUUUAUCAUCAUCAGCCACCUUUCUCAGGUCCUCCUCUGCAUGAUCAAACGGCCCGAGUCCAAGCAGGAGCAUCUCGAGAGGGAGAUGCCUGCGGGACUAGACCAGAGGCUGAUAACAUGGGAAACAGUGCAGAAAGAGAACUACCUGGCAAAACUGGAGCGCCAGCACUGGGAGAGCAGCGAGGAGAGACUCAAGAGCACCUCCUCAAAGGUUCAGAGCUUGCUGAGGAUUAUUGGUGGAUAUAAGGACCAGGAGAAACGACUGGCAUCCAUGGAAUCCCAGAUCAGAUAUUGUGGCGAGGUUCUGUCCUGGAUGGCGGAGUGUUUCGCUCAGAGCACACUGAACUGCGGGAGAGACGCUCCGAGAGCCCCAGUGUCUCCAACAGGCAGCAAGGCAGGCAGCAGCGCGGACAUGUCUCCAAUUCAACCAGAGAAGGAAGCCAAAAAAGAAGAGCGAGGCGCUAAAGCUGCUCACCCGGGAUUUGGAGCCAACAAAAAGUUUCCCUACAUUGACGAAUAAAUGACAGAAUGGUAUCUUGUAACAUGUUCCUCCUGCCUUCACCCUAACCCUUUUCCUUCUCGCAUGCCGGGUCUCCCUUUUCUUUCUGGGGUCAAGGAGGAGGUCAUGGUUCAUCCGAACAGCUCAGCAGAAGGGCUGGGCCGAGGGAAAGGAACAGCCCUCUAUGUAAACGUUUUCAAAAAAUAUUGUGAAAUAACCGAGGGACUCGCCGUGGACUCUGGAGCAUUUAUUUGUUUCAUCACGUUGCUUAGAUUCAAAACCAUUUUCAAAGUGGAUUAAUGGCAUACAAUGUUGGUUUCUUUAGAACAGGACAGUAAAUGUUCUACAACAAUUACAGGAUUCAAGAGCACAUCGAGAAGAUUUGAACCAGUGAUAGCUCACUAGUUUAAGGCAACAACUCACAAAAUUAAUAUGAUAAAGGCAAUAUCGAUGGUUUACAUAAUGAAAUUACUAUAAAUGGCAUCACAAUGUCAGUGGAAACAAAACUGAGCCAGAGUAAAACAUAGUAAUAACAUCAUGUUAAGCAUAUUGCAUUACAUUAAAGAUUGAGCUAUUCAUCUAGAUUACUCAAUGCUGAUGUCCAAGUCACAUUAGCCAGGAAUUUGAAUGAAACACAUGCUGUAAAAUUCUGUCAAAAGCAUUUUUCUGUACCCACAAUAAAAAAUGAGAUUAUCCACUGUCAAUAUUUCUUUGCAGAUGAAAGAAUAGAGGCAUGCAAAAACUAAUUCUGAUAGCAUCCAUACUCUGUUUGAAUUUUGUUCCUCAUUACCAGAUUUUAUAAAAGACACACUGUGGAGUUUUUGUGCAAACCGAGUUAAACCCACAAUCAGUAAAAUAAAAAACAAUAAAAA